AUGGCGAUGAGAAAGGCCUUCUUUGCCCUCCCUCUUCUUGCUUUUCUGAUCCAGGGAUGUCUGUCGGCGGAUCCAGUCCUGAAUAGGGGCAGCUUCCCAAAGGGCUUCGUCUUCGGCACCGCAUCUUCGGCCUACCAGGUGGGUUGCCCUCCUCCUUCUUCCUCCUCCGGCAAGCCCAGAGAAAUCUCUGCGCUUCUCUCUAUCCUUCCUCUCCACCCACCACGCAUCAGAACCAUUAAAAAAACCUCACCACCUUCGGGGUUCCAGAGGAGAGAGACGAAUCCCACCAGCAACUUGUUGCUUGGCGUCGCCUCCGCUCCUCCUGGUCUCCAUGGGAAUCCCCACACCGCUGUCUUCUAGCGUGUGCACCUGCUGCUGGCUCGAGUUGGCCGUGACUCCAUGCGAUGUACUCACUCAUUUUCUCUCUAUUACGAUCUCUCUACACAGUACGAAGGCGCAGUGAAGGAAGACGGGCGAGGCCCCUCCGUCUGGGACAAAUACUCCCAUACCUUCGGUAACUAAGCUUCCUCUUUCACCUUACUUCAUUUACGUCUCGUGGGCUUGAUACCUCUCUCUCUCUCUCUCUCUCUCUCUCUCUCUCUCUCUCUCUCUAUUCUGUGCUGGUAGGCAAGGUAAUAGACUUUAGCAACGCCGACGUCGCGGUGGACCAGUACCAUCGCUUCGAGGUAAGAACCCCAACCCUAUCGCAGUGAGACGGGUUUUUUCGGGUUUCACCCUCUUGCCUUCGUCUUGAACUGGAGUUCUUCGACAGGAAGACAUCCAACUCAUGGCGAACAUGGGGAUGGACGCAUACCGGUUCUCCAUCUCGUGGUCUCGUAUCUACCCCAGUAAGCUCACUGGACGGCUCCCGCAUAGUCAAUUCCCAUCCUUUCCUUUUCUUUUCUUUUUUUUUACUAGAAAGCCUGAAAAUCUACUCUUGGGUAGAUGGGUCCGGUGCGGUCAACCAAGCCGGGGUAGACCACUACAACAGGUUCAUCAACGCUCUACUGGCCAAAGGUUAGAAACGGUGAAUACUGGUUCACGCCGCCGUCCGGGAGGCUCUGACUCUUCAACGGAUAUCUCAGGAAUACAGCCCUACGUGACCCUCUACCACUGGGACCUUCCACUCGCGUUAGAAGACAAGUACAAAGGCUGGCUCGACCGUCAGAUCAUGUAAAUAUCACUUCACAAAGAUCAUGGAUAGCAGCUUAUAUGAAUUAUCUCACCUUUGUCAUAUAUUUAUUGCAGAAGCGACUUUGCGAAUUACGCGGAGACGUGCUUUAGGGAGUUUGGCGAUAGGGUGAAGCAUUGGAUAACGUUCAACGAACCCCACACCUUCUCGAUACAGGGCUACGACGUCGGCCUCCACGCCCCCGGGCGCUGCUCCAUACUCCUCCUCCUCUUCUGCAGGGGCGGGAACUCGGCGACCGAGCCCUACAUCGUCGCACACAACGUACUCCUCUCUCAUGCAGCAGUCGCAGACAUCUACAGAACGAAGUACAAGGUGAGAGAGAGGGAGCGAGAGCGAGCGAGCGAGAGCGAGAGAGAGUGAGUGAGAGAGAGAGAGCGAGUGAGAGAGAGAGAGAGAGAGAGAGAGAGAGAGAGAGAGAGAGAGAGAGAGAGAGAGAGAGAGAGAGAGAGAGAGAGAGAGACAGAGAAGGUGUUGCAUCUGAUAAAUACUUUUUCCAAAAUUCUUCUAUGAUGAUAGUGUCCAUGCAUCCAGAUACACGCACACACACUCUGUCUUUAACUAAUAAUAAUUUACGUUGCAUCACUAUCAGCCAUUGCAAAAACUAUAACAAACGUGCCCUUUUCCAGGCGACACAGAACGGCUCUCUUGGGAUAGCGUUCGAUGUGAUGUGGUACGUGCCUUCUUCAAAUGCACCGGAGGACAUCGAGGCGACUCAGAGGGCCCAAGAUUUUCAACUCGGAUGGUGAUUCAACUCCGCAACUGCAUUACCCUUUUUAGCAAUUUCUCAUUGAUCAUGUUCUUCCUCAUUUUGCCCAUUCCUGCCGUUCAAAUGCUGGCUGGGAUCUAUCGAUCCGCAUAGUAAUUUUUCAGUGUGCAGGUUCAUGGAUCCGCUCUUCUUUGGGGAAUAUCCGAGCUCCAUGCGGACGAGCGUGGGCAGCAGGCUACCCAAGUUCAGUCCCCAAGAAGCUGCCUCCGUGAAGGGUUCUCUGGAUUUCGUGGGAAUAAACUAUUACACGACAUACUAUGCGAUGAAUGACAAGAGGAAGAUAGUCGGCGUUCUUCUCAACGAUUCCUUGGCCGAUUCGGGGGCAAUCACAGCGCGUAAGUUUUACCUGGCUGCUCUCCGACUCCACUUGGAACCCUCACCCUGAUCCUUAUCCUCUGCGUCAUUGCAGCCUUCAAGAAUGGAAGGCCCAUCGGAGACAAGGUAUCCUCCCCAUUCUAGGCCUUAAAGAUGCAUGUUUUAUGCGAGAAAUGGGCGUAAAUUUAUCGACUGAAUACCUCUCGGAUGUAGGCUUCCGCUAUAUGGUUGUACAUAGUGCCGGAAGGAUUGAGAAGCUUGAUGAACUACGUCAAAAGCAGAUAUGGCAGCCCGCCUAUCUUCAUCACGGAGAAUGGUAGCAGCCUCUCUCUCUCUCUCUCUCUCACUCUCUCUCUUUAUCUGUCCAUCUUGUUCUGUCUCACGCUCGAUAUUCACCAGGCAUGGAUGACCCGAAUAACCCUUUCACCUCGCUCAAAGACGCCUUGAAGGACGAGAAGCGGAUCUUCUACCACAGCACCCACCUCUCUAACUUGUCUGCUUCUAUUAGGUAACCAACCUCCCCCAUCCAGUGAACAGUAUCAGACUGUUCCAUCGGCUUUCUCAUUCCUCUGUGUUGACAUGUAAAUAUGCCGUUCAUGUUUCGUGUGUUGACUGACGUGCAGGGAGGAUGGAUGCGACGUGAGAGGGUACUUCGCGUGGUCACUGCUGGAUAAUUGGGAGUGGGCGGGGGGGUACACGUCCAGAUUCGGGCUGUACUUCGUUGACUAUCGUGACAAGCUGAAGAGAUAUCCCAAGAACUCCGUCCAGUGGUUCAAGAAAUUCCUAAUGCCCACCACAUGA